UGUUAACCUCUUAAACGCAAUUCCAAACAAAAGAGUGAGAGACAGAGAGAGCGAGUGGACUCUCCCGUUGGUUUUUGAGUGCGGGGAAGAAGAGAAACAAUCGAGAAAUGGCGACGUUGAAGGCAGCGCGCAUAAGCAUAAUGGCCGGCCGAUUCACCAAGCUUAUGUCGCGGCCCCGGCGCUUGGUUUCCGUGCGCGCAUCCGAUCAUCUCCUCACUCGCCAGAUAAGCACGGAGGCGGAGAGCGUUGCUUCUCGGCUCCAUAAAUCGGGACUAUUGCGGACCCAGGGGCUUAUUGGAGGGAAAUGGGUUGAUGCAUAUGACAGGAAGACUAUCAAGGUUUACAAUCCAGCAACUGGUGAAGUUAUAGCAGAUGUGCCAUGCAUGGGUGGGAGGGAGACAAACGAUGCAAUAUCUUCAGCAUAUGAAGCAUUUUAUUCUUGGAGCAAACUUACUGCUGCUGAAAGGAGCAGAUAUCUAAGGAAAUGGUACGAUCUACUAAUUGCCCACAGAGAAGAGCUUGGACAACUUAUAACCUUAGAGCAAGGAAAACCUAUAAAAGAAGCCCUGGGGGAGGUUAGCUAUGGGGCUGGCUUUAUUGAGUUCUCUGCGGAAGAAGCCAAACGUGUAUAUGGUGAUAUAAUUCCAUCACCUCUUGCUGAUCGCCGGUUGUUUGUUUUAAAGCAGCCUGUAGGUGUUGUUGGUGCAAUUACGCCCUGGAACUUUCCCCUGGCUAUGAUUACUCGGAAGGUUGGUCCUGCACUUGCAUGUGGUUGUACGGUAGUCAUAAAACCCUCUGAAAUUACGCCUCUCACAGCUUUAGCAGCAGCUGAGCUCUCUCUUCAGGCUGGAAUACCUCCGGGUGUUGUCAAUGUGGUUAUGGGAAAUGCUUCUGAUAUAGGGGAUUCUUUACUUGCGAGUACACAGGUAAGAAAGAUCACAUUCACGGGCUCAACAGCAGUUGGAAAGAAGUUGAUGGCAGGUUCUGCUGGGACUGUUAAAAAGGUAUCUCUGGAACUUGGUGGCAAUGCACCCUGCAUAGUUUUUGAUGAUGCAGACCUGGAUGUAGCAGUAAAAGGAACUCUUGCAGCAAAGUUCCGUAACAGUGGACAGACAUGCGUUUGUGCAAAUAGAGUUCUUGUGCAAGAAGGUAUCUAUGAGAAAUUUGUAAAUGCUUUUUCAAAAGCUGUCCAAAAUCUCCAAGUUGGGGAUGGCUUUACUGAGGGUGUGGUCCAGGGUCCUCUGAUCAAUGAAGCUGCAGUGCAAAAGGUUGAAUCGUUUCUUCAAGAUGCAAUCUCAAAGGGAGCCAAAGUCCUUCUCGGGGGUAAAAGACAUAGUCUUGGAAUGAGUUUUUAUGAGCCUACAGUUAUCAGUGAUGUCAAGGGUGAGAUGCUUCUAUCGAGAGAGGAAGUAUUUGGACCUGUGGCACCCCUACUGCGGUUCAAAACUGAGGACGAAGCUAUCCGCCUUGCUAAUGACACCAAUGCAGGUUUAGCUGCUUACAUAUUUACAAACAACAUUCAACGUUCAUGGCGUGUUUCUGAAGCUCUUGAAUAUGGACUUGUUGGUGUCAAUGAAGGCAUAGUUUCAACAGAGGUGGCUCCAUUUGGAGGGGUUAAGCAGUCUGGUCUUGGACGGGAAGGUUCCAAAUAUGGGAUGGACGAAUAUCUAGAAAUGAAGUAUGUGUGCUUGGGGAACAUGAACAGCAAUUAAUGUGGAAGGUCUACGUUUGGACUGUUGCCAAGCUUACAGCACAUGUUGUAACCUGCUUCCGCCUUCUUUCAAACAUGCAAGUAAUGGUAAAAUCCUUGCACAAUGUAUCCAAAUAGUGUAGACUUGCUAAGGCUUAGUUGAGUUGAGUUGAGUUGUAUCUUGGUGGUCUAAUAUUGAAAGUGCCGGUUUUGCUGAAGGUAGGUUGAUGAUAUUACCUUCUCAGACAUACAAGUGAAUUCUUUUGAUAAAAUGGUUCCUUGCCGCACAACCGAGUUUUGUCAAAAUAAACGUGUGUUGUGUGUGUUUUUCAAGUAAAUAA